AUGAAGAUUACCACUUCCCUCACAAGUCUAUUUCUCAGUUUCGCAAGCUUUACGGCUAUCAAUUCUCAAACGGCAGCUGACACAAUCAAUUCAUGUCAAGCCCAGAAUGCCAACAAUGUAAUAAGAUUCCUAUUCCUACCUCCUCCCCAUCCUCACAGUCUCCACCAUCUCACUUCUUCAAUCAUACAAACACUCUUCCUACCAAACUACCAUAUCUCAAAUGAAACCCCCAACAUUAUCCAAAAGCUAACCAUCCCAAAGUUCAUCUUCGCAAGCUACUCUGGCGACCUAGCAGCAACCUACGCAUAUUCCCUUUGUUUCCCCUUUGAAAUCUUCGGAAAUACUCUCAAUUCCGCCCUCUUUUGUCGUGAUGCACACUGUUCUUUCUACAGCGACGAUGACUGCACGAUACCCUCAGCUUUCUCAAUUACUCCUAUUCCUUUCAUUCAGAACCAAGGUCUUCCCACAAAACUAACAUCGAGCUUGGGGUGGAAGAGCGCAAGAUGUGGAAGUAGUUUGGUGGGGUUUACUUUGGGUCAGUAG